AACAUUUAUAUACUAAAAAUACACAGUGGUUCGUUAACACAAACUAAGACAUAAUUUAACCAAUCUUCUCCCAAAUGACCAUACAUCUCAUCAAAGCUGUUGAGAAGUCUUAGGCUGGUGCUGGUCUUAUUUCAUCCACUCUUGUAAGCUCUGGCAGCAGCCAUUUUAACCGAAACUGUUGUUACAGGCCUCAGGAAGUGAAGAGUGUGUGACAGCAGAAGCCUCAUGUAUGUGCACUAAUACUUGCACAUCUUGAAAGACGUAGAGUCUCCCAUGUGACCUGUACACUUCCUUCAAACGACACUUUCUAUAUCUCUGUAUCUGCUGAUACAGGUUUUAAUCAGUAUUUUUUGGAUCCCAACAAGAACCAGUGUCACAGCAAUGCACAAGCAGCAGGCACUGGUACUUCCUGGAGCUGUUCAGAUGAGGAUCAGGAACUCUCAGAACAGCCCUGGAGAAAGACUGAGCCAGACUAAAUCUAUGGUCCUUUCAGAGCCUGAAACACUACAGAAACCUGUGACCUCUAUUAACCGUCAUCGGAGGAACCAGUCUCAACAUAACAUUGAUGCUUCUGUUGGGCUGCAGCCUGCAUUAAAAGGAGAAUAUUUAAACAAAGCCAAAAUUGCUGAAGGAGGGAAGAAAUUACGGAAAAACUGGACUUCAACCUGGGUUGUUCUUUCCUCUAAUAACUUAUUAUUCUAUAAGGAGAGCAAACAAGAAGCUGUGGCUAAUCUGAAACCCGGUUGUAAACCAGAUGGUGUGGAUCUGUGUGGGGCUAUAAUCGAGUGGACAACAGAGAAAUCCAGCCGAAAGAAUGUGAUUCAGAUAACCACUUCUACUGGCCACGAGUUUUUACUACAGGCCGAUCAUUAUCCAACAAUCUCCAAAUGGCAUGAUGCCAUCAAAAAAACAGUGGACAGUCUGUCGAGUGGAGCAGGAGGCCAGAGCUAUGGAAGAGCAGCCCUACAGAGAUCCAACAGUACAGAAUGUGUGUCCAGACCAACCUGUGAUCCCCCUAAACCCAAACCAAAAGAGUCCAAAUCUGAACACAGACGCUCCAUCAUGUUCAAGCUGAAUUACAGCGCUUCAGACAGUGCAGAUAAGAACGGUGUCAAGAACCGACUGAAGAAGUUCAUCUCCAGACGGCCCUCGAUGAAAACGCUACAGGAGAAAGGCAUUAUUAAGGAUCGUGUAUUUGGAUGUCACAUACUGACCUUAUGUGAGAGAGAAAGGACCACAGUGCCCAAACUUGUCAAGUUGUGUGUGGAGGAGGUGGAGAAAAGAGGCCUGGAAGCCGAUGGGCUAUACAGGGUGAGCGGCAAUUUGGCAGUUAUCCAAAAACUACGCUUCCUAGUUGAUGAAGAGGAGGAGCUUGACUUGGGCGACAGCCAAUGGGAAGACAUCCAUGUCAUCACCGGAGCGCUAAAGAUGUUUUUCCGCGAGCUGCCAGAACCCCUGUUUCCCUUUCGCUUUUUCGAACAGUUUGUGGAAGCCAUUAAAAUUAAGGAGACCACACAGAAAGUUCAAGCAAUGAAAAAGCUGAUCCAUCAACUUCCCAAACCCAACCACAACACCAUGAAACUGCUCUUCCACCACCUGAGGAGAGUCUUGACAAAGUCACGGCAAAACUUAAUGUCGACCCAAGGCAUUAGCAUUGUGUUUGGACCGACUCUCAUGUGGCCAGAGUUUGAAUUGGGAAACAUGGAAGUCAACAUGGUAUACCAGAACCAAAUAGUGGAGUUCAUUUUAAUUGAAUGCACUGAGAUCUUUGGACCAGAGGGCAAGUAAAGUGACGACUGACAGACAGAAAAAUUUAAAGUAAUGCAUAAUGAAAAAAUGGGUGAAAUGCGUGUUACUCCCCUAGAAUUAUUUUGUUUUGUUCUUGAUAUGUUCUUAUAAUUGCCUCUUUUUUUGUUAAAUCAGAUAUUUUUUAUUUUAUAAUGCAAACAUUUGCAUAGUAUUAUACCUCACCAAAACAUCAUUGUCAAAGGUAAAAGUCUGUAUAUUUGUAAUAAUAUAAAUGAUGUACUAGAACAAAUAUUUUUGUAAAUGGGUUUGUUGUUUACCAUAAAUAUGGUACGAAUUCCUAUAAGUUUAAUAUUAAGUGAAAAAUAUAUUUGGGUACAAAGCUACUGUUUUGCUAAACCAGAUUGUACAGUUAUUUCAGUGACACAUAUUGCUUUUGUAUUGAGAUUGUGUGCCUUGUAUUAAUGAUAAAAGUCUUUGUUUGUAAAAAAUAAA